AUGGCAUCAUUGGCGCCGUGUGAACCUCUGGAUGUCAAGACACAGCUCAACUAUUUUGUGUGGAACGACGAGUUUCUCACCACCAAGCCUUAUAUCGCACUAUUCAACGUCCCCGAAGGAAUCGAUGAAUGCAACUUCGAGACUCGCCCAGGCCCAGAAGAGACCAUACACGAUAUGCGAGGAGCCGAGCCCAACUUUACCCUCGACCGCCACGCAUUCUGCAUCCGGCGGGCUCGUCUGGAAUUGGACAAGUUUGACCGGGAAACCGUCAAGCGAGAAUACCUACCUUGGGUAGAGAGGUUUUUAAUGACUGAAAUUGAGGGUGCCUCGGAAAUCGUCAUCUUCGACUGGAGACUCCGGUCCAGCAUGGACCGAUCAGAUUUAGCGGACGGAACGCAGGUCGAUUUGGACGACACGUCGGUGUGUCUGGGCCCUGUCGGCGCCGUACAUAUUGCGAUAGACCAAAGCGACCAAGCCGCCGCCAUACGCGUCCAACGACACAUGGGAUCCCGUGCCAGCAAUCUCUUGAACAAGAAGCAGCGAUAUCGCAUCAUAAAUGUCUGGCGGCCCAUCUGUGACCGAGUGGAGGACUGGCCGCUUGCAGUCUGCGAUGGGUCGACGCUCAGUCCGCCCAAGAUGAUGGUGGUCGACCAUGUUCGCCGUUCACAUAUCGGUGAGGCGAUAUACCCGAUCUAUGACUCCCGGUAUCGGUGGCAUUAUUUGUCUCAACAACGAGACGAUGAAAUCCUGGUAAUGAAAAUGUUUGACUCGGAACAGGGAGUUGCUGCUCGACAUUGCGCUCACACAGCCUUUCGUCCGCUAGGGAAAGGGUUGCCCAACCCUGCACCGCGCGAAAGUAUUGAGGUUAGGGCGCUGGUGUUUUGA